AUGUCGUUCUUGAAGCAGCUCCGCCGCCGCUCCAAGGCAAGCUUCCACAGUGCGCCCCUCGACGCCAAAACUCCAGUGCCACAGGUCGAAGUCGUGUCCGCCAAUUCCUCGUCGACGGGAGGAGAUACAGCAUCGCAUGUCUCCCUGACGCCGCCUUCUUCGAUCAAACCGACUCUUUCAUCUCCAAAUCUCCCCUCCUUGGUCGAGGCCCAUGACGACCGCAGCACCGUGAGCAGCUCGCCGCUGCCGCUUCCUCCGCAACGGCCCGGCCUGCCCGGCUCUCAUUCCCAGCGGAACAGUGUGGUGGGCAGCUCAGCUUCCUCCGUCAAUGGAGCGUACCGGUCAACCACGUCAUUUUCGCCUUAUGCGCCAAGAAUCAUCUCCAUUGCCGAGAACUCGUGGGUACAUCAAAAGGUACUCCUGGUCUAUGGUCAGAUUGGAGACCCGCGUCAACAUGCAAUGGACGGCACAAUCACCGUGUACCACCAUCAGGAUAAUUUCCCGUCGACCGGCUGGCCCGUGACGGCAUCGCAUUUCAAGUCUCUCGUUCAUUUAGUUCCCGGUCCUAAUCGUCUGCGCUUCGAUUUCGUCUCUCCGAAGCUGUCGUCAGGCAGCACAACGCCGGUCAUUCACUCCACCUGGAUCUGCAUCAAUUACCUGCCCCUAGCCAAUGCGCCCCCCUUGCAAUUGGUGGUUCUCCUCGGCAAGGAUUCAGAUGGCACUUACGAUGCGGUUCCCGAGCGCGUGGAACGGGAGGGCAACGGCCUGGACAUGGCGCUUCGCAAAUUUCGCACCGCAGCAUAUUUGUGGCAGGCGUUCACGGGAGAGCAAAUGUUCCGCAACAAUCUUGGCCGGCGCUGUUUCCGCUUUGAGGAGGAAUGGCAAGCCGGUACGCUCAGUCGGCGGGAUACGGCAGUUCAGCAGAUGCGCAACGAGGCUCGCAUUCACGUCAUUCGUUGCGACAAGACCGUCGCCGAGCUGCGGGAUCUCAACAUUGCUCAACAGUACGACGGAGCGAAGAAGAAGGAUGAGCUCUUCAACAUCGCCAAGGACGCCGUUCGCAAGUAUUUCAAUUCUCAGCCGGGGCAAAAACAAUACGUGUCCGUCCUCCUGCUGGACUCCCACUGGGAUACACAGUCACAGACGAUCACGGGUCAUGCUGCUCUUGGCUCUGGCGGCGACGAUAUCAAAAUGGCCAUCUUCGGUUCUCAUUGUCUCCAAAGCUAUCCGAGCUGCUUGGAGGAAGUCGUUGAUGCCUUCUCCGACUGCACGCGCACAGAUACCAACUUCGUCGCAAACGACUGUGGGGAGGCGGGAUCAAACUGGGAGUCUGCCAAUCUGGGGAUUGGUGCCCACUUGCAUGAAGUCGGUCACCUCUUCGGCUCUCCCCACCAGGAGUCCGGGGUCAUGCUGCGGGAUUACGUGCGGCUGAAUCGCUCGUUCUUGGUCAAGGAGCCAUUCUGUACGCGGACCAAAACCCAGGGACUCAAGGUCUGUCUCGCUAAUGACGAGUGCGGCUGGCAUCGGCUGGAUGCCCUGCGAUUCCGAUUCCAUCCCUGUUUCAGACUGCCUAGCGAUAUCUCCGUCAGUAACGACGGCAGUGUCCAGGUUUGGCCCGUGGAGAACGGAAAGAUCCUGUUCACCUCCUCUUCUGGUAUUGCAUUUGUUGAGCUGUACGGCGAAGGUGAGGACCUCUGCCACCAUUUCAUCGAAUACGUGAACAGCGAAUCUGGUGGAAAUGGAUUGCCGAAGCAAGUCACCCUCACCGAGACGGAGCUGCGAGUGCAAUUAUUCGGCACCGAAAAGGAAAAGAAAAAGAAGAUUCGGAUGGUGGCUGUUUCCGGUAAUUUGGGAAGCUAUACCGUGGAAGAUGUUGGUGCGCUAAAGUCCAAGAGCUCCGUGGUCAAGCUGCCCAAGGGCCAAACAGGAUAUAAAAGCGCCCAGUUGGGACACUCAUCCAUGGACGGCAGCACGCCCGAGCAAUUGCUGCUGGAAUACGCUUUCAUCAAGACGAAGUUGUUGACUUCGAUCAAGAUAUACCAUGGGGACGCGGUGGAUGGUCUCGAAUUCUGCUAUGAAGAUAUGACAAGUCAACUUUUUGGCAAGCGCGGUGGGAAACCGGGAGGGGAUGAGUUUGUACUUGAUGUUCGCCGUGGAGAGAUUUUGCUGGGUUUCUACGUCAGGGCUGGACUCUGGAUCGAUGGAAUCGAGAUUCUCACCAGUUUGGGAAGGAAGUCGGGUAUCUAUGGAAAUGCUCAGGGGGGAUCGGGUCACACUUUGAUUCCGCCUCUUGGUUACAAGAUUGCAGGAAUCGCAGGCUCCAGUGGAUCUUGGGUCGAUGGGUUCUCGCUCAUUGUCCAGCACUGA